GCGCGGUUGGGCCAAGAUGGCGGCCGCCGAGGGGCCCGCGGGCGACGGCGAGCCGUGGCAGUCCUGGCUUCCCAACCACGCCGUGUUCCUGCGGCUCCGCGAGGGGCUGAAGAGCCAGAGCCCGGCCGAAGCGGAGAAGCCGGCGUGCUCGCCGUCGCCCUCGCCGCCGCCGCUCACGAGGAACCUGGUGUUGGGCCUGGGCGGAGAGCUCUUCCUGUGGGACGCGGACGACAGCUCGUUCCUGGUGGUGCGGCUGCGGGGCCUCGGCGGCGCGGGCGAGGAGCCCUCCCUCUCCCAGUACCAGAGGCUGCUUUGCAUAAAUCCGCCCCUGUUUGAAAUCUACCAAGUCCUGUUGAGUCCAGCGCAGCAGCACAUAGCGCUCAUAGCAAUGAAAGGACUCACGGUGUUAGAGCUGCCCAAACGGUGGGGGAAGAACUCUGAAUUCGAAGGCGGAAAAUUAACAGUGAAUUGUAGCACCACGCCCGUGGCCGAGCGCUUCUUCACCAGCUCUGCCUCCCUGACUCUGAAGCACGCCGCCUGGUACCCGAGUGAGCUGCUGGACCCCCACGUCGUGCUGCUGACCUCAGACAACGUCAUCAGGAUUUACUCUCUACGUGAGCCUCAGACACCCACCAAGGUCAUUGUACUCUCAGAAGCAGAAGAAGACAGUCUGAUACUCAAUAAAGGGAGAGCGUACACCGCAUCUCUGGGCGAGACAGCAGUGGCGUUUGACUUCGGGCCAUUGUCAGCGGUCCCCAAGACCAUGUUUGGACAGAAGGGCAAAGGUGACAUAGUGGGGUACCCGCUGUACAUCUUGUACGAGAACGGGGAGACCUUCCUCACAUACGUCAGUCUGGUGCACAGCCCCGGCACCGUCGGAAAGCUGCUGGGCCCGCUGCCCAUGCACCCCGCGGCAGAGGACAACUACGGCUACGACGCGUGUGCCGUGCUCUGCCUGCCCUGUGUCCCCAACAUCCUGGUGAUCGCCACGGAGUCGGGCGUGCUGUACCACUGCGUCGUGCUGGAGGGGGAGGAGGAGGAGGAGCAGACGUCCGAGACGCCCUGGGACUCCAGGGCCGACUUCGUCCCCUCCCUGUACGUGUUCGAGUGUGUGGAGCUGGAGCUCGCCCUGAAGCUGGCGUCCGGAGAGGAGGACCCCUUGGAUUCUGACUUCUCUUGUCCCAUCAAACUUCACAGAGAUCCCAAGUGUCCCUCAAGAUACCACUGUACUCAUGAAGCCGGUGUGCACAGUGUUGGGCUAACUUGGAUUCAUAAACUGCACAAAUUUCUUGGGUCAGACGAAGAGGACAAGGACGGCCUCCAGGAGCUCGCUGCCGAACAGAGGUGCUUCGUGGAGCACAUCCUGUGCACGAAGCCGCUGCCCUGCAGGCGGCCGGCACCGGUCCGAGGGUUCUGGAUCGUCCCGGACAUCCUGGGGCCCACGAUGAUCUGCAUCACCGGCGGCUACGAAUGCCUCAUCCGGCCUUUGUUAAGCACGGUCCAUCCGGUGUCCCCUCCCCUGCUGUGUACCCAGGAGGACAAGGUGGUGGAAGAGUCGCCCCUCCGCAUUCUGGCCGAAACCCCGGAUUCCUUUGAAAAGCACAUUAGAAGCAUUUUGCAACGCAGUGUCGCAAACCCGGCGUUUCUGAAGUCAUCUGACAAAGACGCGGCCCCUCCGCCCGAAGAGAGCCUGCAGCUCCUCAGCCGGGCCACCCAGGUGUUCCGGGAGCAGUACAUCCUCAAGCAAGACCUGGCCAAGGAGGAGAUCCAGCGCAGGGUCAAGUUGUUAUGUGACCAGAAGAAGAAGCAACUGGAAGACCUCAGUUACUGCCGGGAGGAGAGGAAAAGCCUGCGGGAGAUGGCAGAGCGCUUGGCCGACAAGUACGAGGAGGCCAGGGAGAAACAGGAAGACCUCACGAACAGGAUGAAGGCGGUCCUGCACAGCUUCCGCGCCCAGCUCCCCGUCCUGUCCGACAGCGAGAGGGACAUGAAGAAAGAGCUGCAGCUGAUCCCCGAGCAGCUCCGCCACCUGGGCAACGCCAUUAAACAGGUGACCAUGAAAAAGGACUAUCAGCAGCGGAAGAUGGAAAAGGUGCUGAGUCCUCAACGAGCCACCAUCACCCUGAGCGCCCACCAGCGCAAGUGCAUCCAGUCUGUCCUGCGGGAGGAGGGCGAGCACAUCAGAGAGAUGGUGAAGCAGAUUAACGACAUCCGGCACCACGUCGCCUUCUGACCUGCCGCGGGCACAUUCACAGCGAGGCUGGCACGGGUCAAGGCCCAGGGGCAUUUGUAAAACGAACAGGUAGCAUCUAAUUUAUAAAGAGACGUUUUAGAUGAACUUUGGUGAUCCAGAUCUUUCAUACUUGUUUUAUAAAUAUUGAAUAAAUGCUUUUAUUUAAAACCUG